AUGCUGAAAGUCCAUUUUGCGGUGAACGCCAGCCGGGAUGGUAGAGCCGAGAAAAGCAAAAGGCCUGCCACCAGGUUCAUCUGCAAUGCUGAGGCCAAAUUCGACCAAAGGAAGAUGCUGCUGACGAUCCUGCGCGCCGUUCGAGACGGCUCCUUUCAGAGCGCGGUGGAGGGGUUUUCCCGCCAAUGGUCUGGGUCAAAUGCGCCUGCGAGCUCAUCCAAAGUUGGUGGUAGCCGUGACGACAGAAUUGACGCCCUCCGCAACACCGCCCGGAUCCUGCGCGGCGAGAAGGCUGCGUUUGUGGACCGCAUCGGGGAACUUCUUGAGGAUAAGGCCGCAGCUAUGAAGACGGAGGCGGCGUUGUUGAGAAGAGUCGCCGAGCUGGAACAGAUUGUUCAGGCGAACGCGGAGACACCGUGA